ACGGUGAUGGGCAUGAUGGAUAGUUUGGGUUUGAGUGGGCUUGCUGGUGGUGUGCAGCGGAUGGACAAGCGACAGUUCUUGUUCCAAAUGCUCAGCUUCGGCAUGAUCGUUUCGUCGGCAUUAAUGAUCUGGAAGGGGCUGAUGGUAGUGACCGGGAGCGAGUCGCCGAUUGUUGUCGUGCUGAGCGGUAGCAUGGAACCGGCAUUCCACCGUGGCGACCUGCUAUUCCUAACAAAUCAGGAUGAACCGGUGCGCGUUGGCGAGAUUGUGGUAUUCAAGAUCGAGGGCCGUGACAUACCGAUCGUUCAUCGGGUGAUUAAGCUGCAUGAAAAGAGCAACGGCACGGUGAAAUUCCUCACAAAGGGAGACAACAACUCCGUAGACGAUCGGGGCUUGUACGCACCGGGACAGCUAUGGCUCACGAAGAAAGACAUCGUUGGAAGAGCAAGAGGCUUCCUGCCGUACGUGGGGAUGAUUACGAUCUACAUGAACGAGUAUCCGAAGCUCAAAUAUGGUAUUCUGGGACUGCUAGCGUUAUAUGUGCUUGUGCAUAGAGAAUAAGACAUCUACGGCGGCACCUUUACUUCC